UCCACCGGGCAACGAGUCGCGCGCGUAUAUUAUCGCUCCAUUUUUCAAUUCUUGACAGUUUUUCACAGCGAUCAGUUUCUCCUUAUGCCUCCGGCCAUUCGCUAUUUAACAUUAAAGCCAUUCGACUCUAUCGCGCCUGUCAAUUCAUCGACAGUCCCAAGUUAAGUGCGGCUCAGCCCGCGUACGCCCUCGUUGAAAAAGCCAGUGUUUAAUGCAGUGUCUGUGAAAAUAUGUGAAUGCAUUGUGUGAUAAAUAAGACUGUCGAAUAAUAUAAGGAUACCCGAAUCGCGGGACUUGCAAUUUCAUGGGAAUGCCAUUUGUAUGGGAAUAUGCACGGCUAGCUCGAACUGGAUAAUAAUACGGUCAAUUGGGCAUUGCUGGUUAAAUUGUAUAGAAUUUUAAUUGCCAAGGGGAUUGUUGCCAGAAGCCGUUGGCAGGACACGUGCCGAUCGAACGUCGUUAAUACAAUAGCCAUAUAUUUUAUGGAAUUUCGAUAAAUCGUAAUAAUAUUGAGCGCAAAGUCGACGAAUGAAUCGAUAAUGAAUCGGGCGUACGUCGCGAUGCUCCUCGGAGUCCACCUCGGAGUCCUCCUCGUCGUCCAGACGAUGGCCGAGAAGAAAAUCGUCCUCGCGGAGCUGCCAGAGCUCGAACUAGGUACCGGUGACUCCGGGGAGGCCCUACCAAUCGCAUACGAAACCGACUACGACGGCUACACUUUGCCCUUCAUAGCGCGCGACCUCGACUUCCUGCUUGGGCUCAUCGAGCGCAUCGGCAACCCGGCCUGUCGCCAGCAAUGCCAGCACCUCAUCUCGGGUCUGCACAACCUUACUACGUGGGCUGUCGAAUUUUACGAUGCCUCGGGUAAGCUGCCCGAAGGCAUUCUCAGUGGCUCGACCUAUCAUCUUGGCAAUUUCGAUGAAUGUCUGGGAAUCGGCACGAAUAUUGACGACGAGACGCCUUUAGGCAUCAGAGGCCAAUACUGCCUUAGUAAUAUAAAAAUCGGCGUGCCCGAAGAUCACAAUGUCAAUAGUAUUUUAUCACCGAUGUGGAAGAAGUUUAUGAAAUUGGAGCAGCGAUACGAUGAUAAGAUUGACGAGCUUCAUUGGGGCAUUUGCGUGCCAAAUUCCUGCACGAAUAAGGACGUCGAAGAAGUUAUUGAGAUGAUUUUCGCCAAUACCCUGGCCAGGACAAAUUUCAAAGUUACAGUCAAAAUUCCCGAUAUAGCUUGCUAUAAGGAUAAACCCUUAUCUAUUAAUGCAUAUGAAAUUGCUUAUUUAGCUGUAAUAUCAUUGGUAAUCGUAAUCAUAAUUUUGGGCACAAUUUUUGACAUUUGUUACCUGAAGAGCUCCGAUCAAGCUAGAAGAAGUAUUUUAGCCCAAAUUCUACUGGCAUUCUCGAUGCCAUCAAAUUUAAGGAAAUUGUGUAGUCCAGCUCACGAUGAAUUUAAAUUUGAUUGCAUCUCGGGUAUGAAGUUUCUUGCUAUGGUUUUCAUAAUAGCUGGACACACUCUUAUUUUCGUCGUCAGUGGACCAAUACUCAACAAAAAAUUCUGGCACGAGGCAAUUGGGAAAGUGGAAAACUCGGUUUUCUUGAACAAUCCACUACUUGUCGACACAUUUCUUCUAUUCAGUGGCUUUCUUUUUUCACGAAUUCUCCUGCAAGAACUUGACAAACAAAAAUCUGUAAACUUCAUAUUGCUGUACUUCUACCGCUAUCUUAGACUGACGCCAGCGUAUAUGGUGAUGGUCGGCCUUUACGUGACUUGGCUGCCGAAGCUGGACUCAGGACCGCUAUGGUCUCGAAUGAAAUUGGAGAAUGAGCGAUGCCUCGCCUCCUGGUGGGCUAACAUACUCUACAUCAACAACUAUGUCAACACCGAUCACAUUUGCAUGUUCCAAUCGUGGUACUUAUCAGUCGACACUCAAUUGUUUGUAUUAGCGCCGGCAAUUAUAUAUCCUCUGUGGAGAUGGCGUAAACUGGGUCACGUUAUACUUGCUACAGUUACCAUAAUUUCGACGAUUUUACCAUUUAUUAUGACUUUGGUUCAAGACUUGGAUCCUACUUUAUUAAUAUAUACUGCAGAAGUUAAGGAUAUUUCUACGAAUGAAUACUUCAAAAGCAGUUAUAUCAAAACACACAUGAGAGCCAGUGCAUAUUGCUUCGGUAUUUUGUACGGUUACAUCGUCUACCGUAUACAAAAUUCAGAUAAAAAAAUUUCUAAGAAUACAGUUGCAUGUGGAUGGCUGGUGAGUAGCUUUGCUCUACUGGUGUCCAUGUGCUCGAUUAGCGUUUUUUAUGGUCCGAGGAAAAAUUUCACCACCGUCGAAGCCGCCUUUUAUUCGUCGAUGCAUCGAGCCUUAUGGAGCGUCGGCACUGGCUGGGUUCUGCUCGCCUGCAUAACCGAUAAUUCAGGUCCACUUAGGAAGGUUCUCAAGUGGAGACCUUUUAUACCAUUAAGUCGUUUAACUUACUCGGCGUAUCUUGUCAAUGGCCUCGUUGAGCUGCAUAGUGCUUCGACUAUUCGAACGCCACAAUAUCUCAACAAUUUCAGUUUGUUUGGCAAAAUAUUAUCUCAUCUGAUGUUAACACUUGGCGGUGCGGUAUUGCUGUCAAUUAUGUUCGAGUCACCGAUUCUUGGACUCGAAAGAAUAUUUUUGCAUCGUGGGAAGAAAUUAUCGGUUACGCUGACAAAGAAGACCGACAGCGAGGAAACAACCACAACAGAGGCUUGAAUCUAAUUACGAAUAACUUUGUUUAAAAUACUUUUUUUGUUCAAAAAAAAAAGUU